AUGAAUAAAAAUAAACAUAAAUAUGAUGGAAAUGUUGAUACUACUAAUGUACUUGCUGCACGUCGUUACAAAAUAUAUGAAGCUACAUUGAAAUCACUAAAUAAUUUAUUUCAGAAUCUACAAAAAGAGAUUACUACAAAUUUUGAAUGCAUACAUCAAAUAUCAAUAGUGUUGGGAGGAUCACCUGUUACAGCUAAAGAAGUUUAUGAUGUUUAUAGAAAAUCAUGUUCAUAUCUAAAUAUAAGUAACUCAAAAAAUAAUAAACGAUAUCUUUUUAACAAAAUAUUGAGUUCUCUCAUGAAAUCACCACAAUUACAACAACUGUUAAGUAAAACACUGCCAGUAACAAACACAUAUAUUUUAAUAAAAACAUCAGUGGAUAAAUUUGAAUCAGUAGAGGAGUUUCUUCCUAAGGAUAAUUUCAAAAUACCUAUGAAUUGUACAAAAGUGAAUUUUGAUUUUAAUGAAGUUGAAAUAUCUGGAAAUGAAUUACAUUCCAGUAAUGUCUGCAGUUGCGAAUGCAGAUGGUACCAAUCAAAAGAAAUAAUUAAAGGUUUUAAAGAUGAACUAGUUAAUGGAAAAUUAAUAUGGUUAUGACAAUUAAAAUGAUUUAGCUAAUUAAAUUAUUUUCUAAUUCAAUAAAUGAUGAGUUAAUUU